AGAAUGUGCAUGGAGGACCCUGGUACGAUGUGGAGUAGUUGAAGUUGAUGAAGAGACUAUUGGCUCAAAAACAUUCACAUUUAAACUUGUAUCUCGGUCAUUAAAGUGUAAAUAGGUGUCCAUUAGUCCUGGGGCAGGUCAGACUCACUGACUGAUGGAAAUAGAGAAGAGGAAAAAGGAUAAAUCUCUUCGCUCAAGCAGAAGCGCCAUGCACUGGCCGGGCAACAUAUAACGCUUCAGGUUUUUUUCUCGGGUGAAAUGUAGUUUGUCGUUGUGUGGUGGACCAUGUAGUAAGUGUUUGCGCUUGCAUGUAGUAUGAUAUUGAGUCCGAUAUGUCUAAUGUGACGCCGAGUAAAAGCGUGGAAUGGCUGCAACUCGAGUUAGAGUCCGGAGGCACUUCUCUGCUCCUGCUGGACUGCCGUUCACAUGAGCUUUAUGAAUCAUCCCACAUAGAGACCGCCAUCAACCUGGCCAUACCGGGGCUGAUGCUACGGAGGUUCAAAAAGGGCAACAUACCUAUCCGGACCAUCAUCCCCAACCACGAGGAUAAGGAGAAGUUCAUAAGACGGUGCAAGACGGACACGGUCGUCCUGUACGAUGAGUGCACCUUGGACUGGCAGGACAGUGGAGCUCCACCGUCGGUUUUGGGUCUACUUCUUCAAAAACUAUGGGAAGACGGCUGUAAAGCGUACUACUUAGAAGGUGGAUUUGUAAAGUUCCACACAGAGUACCCAGAGCACUGUGAGACCCUCCUCGACAGCUCCUGUCCCAGUUCCUCUCCUCCGCUCUCUGUCCUGGGGUUUGGAAAUCUCAGGAUCAGCUCAGAUUGUUCCGAUGGGGAGUCCGAUCGAGAGCCGAGCAGUGCCACCGAGUCUGAGGAAAGCCCCAUCCCCAGUAAUCAGCCUGCCUUUCCUGUCCAGAUCUUACCUUACCUUUACCUGGGCUGUGCCAAAGACUCCACUAACCUAGACGUGCUGGGCCAGUACAACAUCAAGUACAUCCUGAACGUCACACCCAAUCUCCCCAACAUGUUUGAACAUGAUGGCCACUUCAGGUACAAACAGAUUCCCAUUUCGGACCACUGGAGUCAGAACCUGUCCCAGUUCUUCCCAGAGGCCAUAUCAUUUAUAGAUGAGGCUCGCUCGAAGCAGUGUGGCAUCCUGGUCCACUGCCUGGCCGGCAUCAGUCGCUCAGUCACAGUCACCGUGGCCUACCUGAUGCAGAGACUCAACCUUUCUCUCAAUGACGCUUAUGACUUUGUCAAGAGGAAGAAGUCCAACAUUUCCCCAAACUUCAACUUCAUGGGUCAGCUCCUUGACUUUGAGAGGACGCUGGGGCUGCACAGUCCCUGUGAUAACCGUUCUACCAGUGAGGAGCAGCUCUUCUUCACCACACCGACCAAUCACAAUGUCUUCCAGCUGGACACGCUGGAGUCGACAUGAGCAUCAAUUGGACAGCUUUUUUUGUUGUUGUUGUUGUUCCCUGUGGUGUCUUUGAGGUUUUCUGAGUCUGUCAGAUGCCUAACUAGCUGACACAGGUAGUAAGUCAGUUACACUAUUUCUGCACCAAAAGGAACUGCAUUUAUUUGUUAAAGGAACAGCACCCAUAUGCAGAGAACAUGCUCCAUUAGAUCAAGUCUCAAUGCCUUAAUACCUAACACAAGCAUGAAUUUUGCUACCCACUAUACAUGGCAUUAAUGAGUGGUCAUGUACAGCCAUAAUAGCAGGACAUUUCAUAACUUUUCUAUUAAAUCUAGGAUUGUUGUUUCGACUGUUACUUUUUAUUCACCAGCUGUAAAGUGGAUGUUAAUGAAUUUCUUUGUAUUAGUCAUGAUUAUUGCCUUGAUGGUCUAAAAGGAAUCUUUUGCCAAUCAGAAUGUUUUUCCGUGGACCAAUCUGAGACGUUUUGAUGGUACGCUAGCAGAAGAAAAUAAGCUACUACAGUGAUCCAGCCUUGAAUUACCGUCCAGUUUUUCUUCUGAUGACAGUUUGCAGUUCUCUUGCAGCAGAAUGGACCAUUGAAACCAGUUUUUCCUGUGCUUUUAGUCAGAAUACCUUAACUUACAUCUGAUAAACACCAGGAUAUUAGAUAAGUGACCACUUGUUGCAAAAUAUCAAAGUUAAACCAUAUUACUCUUCAGAAACCCUCCUGUACAUUCCAAUGCUUGUAACUGCAUUAUUUGCAUGUGAUUAUGUUCUACCAAGAACCUUGUUUUGUAACCAUUAGGUCAUAUUGCCUGUUAUUGUUGAGGCAUUGACCAUACCUUAACAUGAAACUGAACAAAACACAGUGAAUAGGAGUGGGUUUUUGCCACGAUGGGAAGGAACAAAUGUGUAAGUAAACAGUGUAUAGAGGAAUGGAUGUCCACCUUAUUUUUUACUCCGUCAGUCUUCAGCCUGCAGCUACUCCUUCUGUGGCACAGUAAUGUUAAGGGAAACAUGAUGUGUAAUUAGCUGUUCUCUUUUGCCAGUCUCGUCACAGAACAAAUUUUUGAGUUCGAUGUAUGAGAGGGAAUGAAAGGAAAAGGAGUUUGACUAAUGUGUUCUUACCUCACAGAGAGACAUUUUCAGGGAUUUUUAUACAAGGCAUCUGUAGCUCGUCAUGGCCUCUUAAAGUGCAUCCAAGGGCUGUUUCUUUGCUAUGUUUGUAAAGAUGUACAUAAAAUGUGGUUGUUACAGGGACAUUUUCUCAAAAUCAUGAAGAAUGCGAAAGUGAUCCUAUUUUGACCCUUAUGUAUAGUGUAUGUAAAACUAAAUGUCCAAGACAUUCUGUACAAGUUUAUACAACAAAUAUAUUGUAUAUUUUUACUUGAA